CUUCUUUCACUCUUAUUAAUGUUUUUGAAACGGGAAAAUUUUUAAGUUACAGAGGAAGUAUUUUUAAUAUUACAUGGAAGAAUUGAUUGAAUUGGGGCACACAAAGAUAAGGUGAUUUGGUUUGGUUGGGUUGGGAUGAUAGAUGAUAGCCAUUUGGCGGCAACGAAAUAUGCAUAAGACAUGGUCACAUCGGCUUGACCAUGGUCAAUUGGUUCUACGAAGCGGGGCCCAUUUCUGUCUCCAUCUACUCUACAUACCAAAUGACCUCGCUCCUCCCUAUGCACCACAAACUCCGUUAUCGUAGCCACUCGCCUCCUACCACCCAUCCGUCCUUCUUCCUUUCAAUCAAACCCUAGCUACCAGCUACGACAAAUAACUGCUACAGUGCCCGGUUUGUUUGUUCAUUUAUUUAUCUCUACAUCUCUCCAUCUCUAUCUCUGCGAUUUUCAGAUUCCCAUUCAUUCAGACUGAUCCAACCUCUUGUCGUUCUGCUUCUUUUUAUAUUCCGAGUUUCGCAUUGCAUUCAAUUGAGUAAUCACAGCUGGAGGAGGAGAUAUACAAUGGCGUCUGCCUGCGUCAACCCUAUCGGAAUGUCACCGGAGUCCUUUCUCGACUGUCCUCAGGCCAAGUUUCCUUCCUAUGCUUGGUUGAGUCCACGAGUAUCGUACAGUCGGGAGUUCUCAGAGGAUUCCAGGAAGACCAAGCGUUCUUCUCAGGGGCAGGGGCAGGGGCGUGAGAAGCGGGAAGAGGAAAAGGAGGAGGAAAGCUCAGAUCCGGAGGAUUUCGAGUUCCGUCUGGACGAUCCGGUCGCAAUGCAGCCGGCGGACGAGCUCUUCUCCGACGGGAAGCUAAUGCCGCUGCACCUGUCGAUGGUCCGGCCUGUGGCGGCGCCGGUGAGAGCCACGUCCCCGGAUACGCCGAAAUUGCGAAUCAGAAACGAGAUUUCCGGUACGGACCCUUACCUCUUCUCUCCGAAAGCGCCUAGAUGUUCCAGUCGAUGGAAGGAGAUUCUAGGGUUGAGGAAGCUCUACCACCAGAGCAGCAACGCUGCGGCAAAGCAGGAGAGUCACUGCAGAAUCUCGUCGUCUUCGUCUAAUUUGCUGGGCAAUAAAUCUCUGAAAAGCUUCCUGCACCGCAGCACCGCUUCAAAGUCCACCAAUCCCGCCGAGUCUAUCUCCCUCCGCCUUCCUCUGCUCAGGGAUACCGACAACGACUCUCUGGCGGUUUCUUCUGCUAGGCUAUCGCUCUCAUCCUCCUCCUCUUCAGGCCACGAGCACGAAGACCUCCCUCGUCUCUCCCUCGAUUCCGAGAAACCAGCAAACAACGCCCACACUCGGAGUGGGAGUCAAAGUAGCAUCAGCAAUAAUAAUAACAAUAAUCCCCCACGAGUUCGAGCGGUGAAGGCGAGGGCGGAGAACCAGGGGGUGCGAGUUGGGCGGAGCCCAAUGCGGAGAGUACCAGAAACGACGGCGGCGCGUGGACUCUCCGUGGAUAGCCCACGCAUGAACUCGUCAGGGAAGAUAGUUUUCCAAAGCUUGGAGAGAAGCUCGAGCAGUCCGAGCAGUUUGAACGGUGCUCCCAAGCACAAGGUGCAGAGAGGAAUGGAGCGGUCGUACUCAGCGAACGUCCGCGUCACUCCGGUUCUUAACGUUCCAGUCUGUUCACUGAGGGGGUCCUCAAAGUUCGGGUUUCCUCUGUUUUCGUCUUCCUCAUCGUCGUCACAGAACCAGAGGAAGGAAUCAGCCGGUGUCGGAAGCAAAGCGCACCCGAGUAUUGCGGCGGCGAAACACCGUACGGAUCGGAUCAAGGAAUGAUUGGACGCCUUGCCUUCGCCAUUACCAUUUUGUCUCGAUCUUUAAUCUUUUACACAUUAUUAUUGUUGUUGUUAUGAUAGAUGAGAGAUUAGAUGCGGAGUAUUCGGUAAUGGGUGCGUGCUGAUUGAACCUUUGUUCUUCAAUUCUUCCUUUGUGGCAAGUGAUGAAUUCAGGUAACUGCUACUACAGCACUGACUGCUCUGCCGCCAUAGUAGUGGUUAGUUAGUGACGAUGAUGGUGAGAUUGUAUGUGAAUAGUUGAUUCGUUUUCUUCUUUUCUUUUUGAUCGUUCGUUAGCAUAUGCUUCUGCUGUUAGAUUGAAUGAAUUGGAUCAUCAUGAUUCCCGGCCCGGGUGUCCGGGCUCUUGCCUUUUCACUCCCUCACGAUUAAAUGCAUAAAUAAAAUUGAAUGGGAAGGAGUAAAAAUUUACCAUUCCAAUCUCAGAUUUCCC